AUGUUCGCACCACAUGGAAGUUAUUUACGUGCGCUUGGAGUGACACCUGCUGGUGGUGGUUUAGCUUUAUCCACCUCUUCAGAAUCGAUGGCUUUCACUUUUGCGGCGUUUUGCUACUUAUUUGCUCUGAUUGCAGUUGCAUUUUGCAUAUUCUUCGCUAUUUUCACGGUGAUAUGUAUCGAUGAACUGAAAACAGACUAUAAGAAUCCAAUAGAACAAUGUAGAAAUCUUAAUCAGUUAAUCCUUCCCGAAUACUUGCUCCACUUAUCGUUCACAGUGUUGUUCGUCACAUCGUUGCAGUUGGGUGCAGUCUGUUGGAAUAUACCACUAAUUGCAUAUCACAUCCACAGAUAUAUGAAGCGUCCGGUGAUGACAGGUCCAGGCAUCUAUGACCCGACAACCAUCAUGAGUGCCGAUCAGUUGCAGAGAGCACUAAGCGAAGGCUGGAUCAAACUUGGAUUCUACUUAAUCUCGUUUUUCUAUUAUCUUUAUGCUAUGAUCUAUACACUUGUAACCUCAUCAUCAGCAUAG